GCGGCGGCCGACGGUGAGCGCGGGCGCCAUCUUGGGAGAGGCGGUUGGAAACCAAGGCGACGGCGGAGGCGGAGGCGGAGGCACCGCGGCGUCUUCAGAGAAGAAGCAGGUGAGGAUCGCUGCACUUCAUUGGCCUUUCCAGCCAGGGUCUUUGUUGCAAUGUGGAGCUAAAGAGUGACGGCGACCAGUGCAUUUUAGUAUCUCGGAGAAAGGAGCGUGUGAUCGGCUCUUGCAUAAAAUGAUUGAAUCAACUCAUUUGCGCCAGCGAGGGUCUUUGGAUUUUGAAUCACAUUAUGAACAUUUGUGUGCUCUCCAUGACCUGGUUCCGUUAAAAUCAGUGAAGGCAAACUUAUAUAGCGGUGUCCUGGAUAUUAACGGUGAUCGAAUCAAGCUGCCUGAGUGGACACCAAUUUUCAAUUCCAUCAGAAUUAACAGACAUUUAGCUUUUCUUGCAGUUAGGAGUUACUAUCAGCCUGGUCUUGGAGAAACAGGGAGCGAAAGACAUAAACAAUACAUCAGAAAGCGUAUGCCAGCUAUCCGUUCAAAAGGCUGCACACUUCAACUUUGUGCAUCAAUUAGAGACUGUCUGAUUGCUUCCAGUGCUUUAAAAUCCUUAGAGCUACAAGGAUUACCUUUGAGGCAUGGCGAUCUCACAACAUUAACAAAGGGCUUAUCCAGGACAAAGUCUCUGCAGAACAUUUCAUUAGCUUAUUGCCCGAUAGGCGAUGAAGGGCUGGAAAUAAUUUGUAAGAGCUUGAAGAAUUCUGCAACGAUUAAGACGAUUAACUUCACAGGCUGCAAUCUUACAUGGUGUGGUGCAGAACACAUUACCAAAGUUAUUAAGUAUCAAGCAACUAAAAGGCACAGUGAAGUUUGGGCAGAAAGUCUUCGUUACAGGCAUCCUGAUCUGGAUUGCAUGACUGGUUUGCGUCGUAUUACCAUGAAUUGUAACUCACUAAUUGGUGAUACUGGAGCUGUUGCUUUUGCAGAAGCCCUCAAAGAUGACUUAUGGCUAAAAGCGCUUGAUUUGCAACAGUGUGGCAUGUCUAAUGAAGGAGCCAAAGCUUUGCUCAAUAGCUUACAGUCUAGUACUACAUUAAUUGUUUUGGAUGUACGAAAAAACCCAUUAAUCGACCGCUCCUUAACAAAAUCCAUUAUUGAAAGGAUAUUACUGAAUGGAAAUGCAAUGAACUCUGAGUACAAAUGGCUGACUCUGACAUCCUCCAGAGAACCUUCCAAACAAAAGCAAAGAAGGAAAACUCUAAUGCUGGGGCAUGGUUUGAAAGGAAAAGCUACUAUUCGUAUAGUUAUUUGGAAGCGUGGUGGUACAAGGAAGUUUGCAGAGAAUGUUAAAAAGAGUGCUGCUGUUUCUUCAGAUUUUAUCCCAGAACCAAUGCGACCAGGUGCAGAGGGGUAUGUGCCUUGGCGUACUGCUGCACGUGCAAAUCGAUUCAGGGGUAUUCAUCAGGGCUCGCCUCACCAAAAUAAAGUGAUUCAGGCUCGGACUCCAGUGAAGGUAACAUUGGAGAGUGCAUCAUCUUCAGAUACUGAAGAAGCUACCUACACUCCUAAUCAACUGUUGCGAAUGACCGUUGUUGGAGAUUCAUCUGAAGCAAUCUCAGUGAAGCAGUAUAAGCGCAUAAAGGUUGAGCUAGAGGAAUGUAAUUUAAGACUGAAAGAAGAAAUGAGAGCACGAGCAAAGGCGGAUGCUCAAUUAAUAAAGCUUGAGAUUGAAAAUACACGCCUUCGGAACAUCAAUGUUUCAAUCUCCGAUGCUCUGCAUUCACAAUCAAUAACAGAUACCAUUCUUGAGGAUGAAGGUGUACUAGAAAGCAUUGAAGCUUCGUUCCAGAAAUUUCAUGCUUUUUUAGACCUCUUAAAAGAUGCUGGUCUUGGGCAGUUGGCCACUAUUGCUGGAAUAGACCAAUCUGACUUUGGUUCUAUGGGACGACCUCGGUUGUCAUCUACAGUUGGAAAUGAUAAAUCGAAAGAUAUCAUACACCCAGAGGCACCACCAGCCACACAGUUUCAUGCUGCAGAUCAAGCCACUGUGACGCAUUCUGAACCUGAAGUGAUUCCCAAUGGUUCCACAAGUCCGUCCAUUCAACUUGCAAAUCAAUCGGCUGACCUCAGCCACAAAAAUUUACAAUCUGCUUACUCAAACUUUGAGAGAGAAUCUGGGGAUAAAUUUCAGAAUUUAGAUGAACGAUAUAAUGAUAAAACAAGCAAGCAGCUUUCUUUGAGGAUGAAUGAUCAACAACAAGAACAAGCAACAACUCUGUUUUCAGCAAAAUUGCUGGAUCAUUCAGGAGAUGACGGGUCCAUUACAUCAGGCACAUGUGACACGCACAGUGAGAGGAAUCCUAACAGCAGAAAAUCGAAAGUUGUUAUGAAGAAAAGUAAAAAACAACGUCUUGCAAUAUUCAGUACAGGUGGCACUUCGUUGACAAUGGGAAGGAAUAAAAAUGAACAAGUAACUAACAAUGAAGAACUUUUACAAAGUGAAUUAAAGACAAAUAUCACUGAAAAUUUUCAUUCAAUUGAGGAAUUGCGUAAUAAGGCAGAUGUGGAUUUUUAAAUACAAUUACCUUCCACUAUUUGAAAUUGAGUGAUCUGUUUAAGAAUUAUUACAUUUAUUGCUUUGGGCUAAUCAAGACAAUUUUUACAAUUAUAUAAUUCUGAUAAAAAUCAAAACCAGAUUUACAGCCUUGUAUGAAGAACAACAAAUAACUGACGAAAGGGCUAAAAUUUGUUGAAAUUUCUCGCCUGUGAGUAUGAUCCUGUGAAUAGUAUGAUAGGGAAAUAUCAGAAGCAAAUUGAAGUGGGGUUUAUUAUCCUCAAGAAUUAAAGAUAUUCAGAAAUGACUGAUUUUAAAUUUCCCACUUCUCCAAAAGCAGUUAAUGGCAUAAUGUAUAUUCCGUGGGGUUAAAGAAGAACUGAAUGUGUCAGGAUUAUAAUUUAAGAUUAUUACCAACUCCUUUGUGUCUUGUGCUGUCCCACCUUUUGGAAUCCCUUCUGAGAAAAUGAGGGUUGGUGGAUGGUGAGAACAACAGAAUUGGGUCCCAUGGUAAACUCUACUUCCCCACACAAUCCAUCAGAAGAUACCAUUAUUCUGCUGGGCUACAGAUUAAAAAUAAAAAUCCUUAGUAAACAUGCAUUCAUAUAACAAUAUGCAUUUAAUAAUGACUGCAGACAUAAAUUCCGAACGCGUCUUCAAACUUGAAUUACUUGAAGUAAGAAAUAAAUAAAGGAAUUUCUACUCCCUUAAUUCAUUUCUACUACUCCCUUAAUUCAUUUUUUCCAUUAAUAAAAAGCUAAGUGUAACAUUUUUUGAAGUAUAUAUUUUAAGGUUCAUUAUUUUUUCCAAUGUUAAUCCUGUGUUUUGAUGAAGAUAUAGCUGUGCGUUCCUUGGGGUUAACUCCAGCUACAAUAAGUCACGUCUGAUUUGAAUGCUAAUUACUGGAUAGACAAAAACUAAUAAAAGUUUAUUAUAUUUAUUCUCAACUGUGGCUGCAGACUGUCAAUCAAAUUAUCAAUGGGGACACAAUAUAAGCAAAAACGCUCAUUGAUUGUGAUCAAAUUGUCCUGCAAAGAGGUUUCUAAUAGCAUUAUAUACAUUUGUCUAUUCAUUUGUCAGCUCUUAAUUCAUCUCCAAAUGGAGUUCAUUAUCUAAUAUCUAAUCAAUUUUAUGCCGAUCAAAUUGCCUACCUGAGCUGACGUUUAUUUGCUCUGAUAGCUAACACUAAUCCAGGCAACAUAUGGAUGAACCUAUCCUGCACCCUCUCCAAAUCGUUCACAUCCUUCCUGUAACGGGGCGACCAAAACUGUAUGCAAUACUCCAAAUAUAGCCUGACCAGUGUUAUAUAAAGGUGUGACAUGAACUUACUACUUUUUUACUCAACACCCUGACUGAUGAAGGCAAGUAUGCUGCCUACCUCCAUUACCCCCUAUCUACUUGUGUUGCCACUUUUGGGCAAUUAUAGACUUGUACCCCAAGAACCCCCUGUACCCCAAAAACCCUCUGUACCAUACCAAGAAUGCUCCAUCGUGUUUUGCCAUUUAUGCAUACUAUCCACUUAGAAUUGACCUCCCAAAGAAUUGACCUCCCAACAUCUCACGCUUGUCCAGACGAAACUCCAUCAGACAUUAGUUCACCUAUAUUUCCAAUUGAUCUGCAUGUUGCUAUAUUCUCUGGCAACCUUCAUCACGACACAGAACUCUACUUAUUCAUGUGUUAUUUACAAACUUAGUUUGCAUUCAACAUUGAUUUUCAUCCAAAUUGUAUAUAUUCCCAGCACUCAGCCCUGGAGAAAACCAUUGGUCACAGAACUGCAACCAGCCCAACACCCUUCCAUUACUACUCUUUGAUUUCGAAGGUAAGCCAGUUUUUAAUCCAAACGACCAAAUCACCAUGGAUCCCAUGCAUCUUAAUCUUCUGGAUGAGCCUACCAUGAGGGACAUAAAAUCCGUGUAGAUAACAUCCACAGUCAUACCCUCAUCCAUCCCUUUCAUCACAUCAAAAAACUAAAAUCAUUCUGACCCACUGCGAACACAGGCAUGCUGACUGUGCCUAAUAAUCCCAUUCUCUUCCAAAUGCGAGUAAAUCCUAUCCCAAAGAAUCCUCUGAGGCUCAUUGAUCUCUCAUUUCCUGUAUUAUCUCUAUUUUCCUUCUUAAACAAAUGAACAACAUUGGCUACUCUCCAGUCCUCUGGGACUUCACCUAUGGUAAGAGAAAAUACAAAGAUUUCACCAAGACCUCUGCAAUCUUUUUUUUGCCCCUUUCAAUAAGUUGGGAUAGAUCCUAUCAUAUCAUGGAGAUUUAUCCACCUUAUUGCAUUUCAAGGGACCAGACACUACCCCCUUCUUGAUCUCAAACUACUGUAGCAUACCCCAUGCAUAUCUCGCUAUCCCUGAUGUCCUACUCCUUGAUAAAUAAUGAUACAAUGUACUCGUUUAGUACCUUGCCGACAUCCUCUGAUUCCAAGCAUAAAUUCCCUUCUUUAUCCUUGAGUGGCCCUACCUUCUCUCUGGUUACACUCUUGUUUUUAAUGUUUGUAUAAAAAAGCUUUUGGAUUUUCUUUCAUCCAACUUGCAAAUUACAUUUUUGCCCCUUCUAAUUCCCUGCUUGUUUUAUAUUUCUCAAACGUUAUACUCUACAGGAAGUACACUGUUAGUUCACAAAAAGGUGAUAUUCAAUGGAAUAAAAACGUGCCAAGAAAUUAGUUAUAUCUGUUCAUCAUUUAUUACAAAUUUAUAUAUUUUGAAUUCUCUCUCUACUGAUGACUAAUCAUAUUAAAAAAAUUAUGUAUGUGC